AUGAAUCGCGAUAAAGAAACGUCUACUUCAGCUGAAACAACUGAUUCAUCAAAAAAUAAACAGAGAGUAAGAGCCAAGAAAAGAAAACGUGAUUCGAGUGAGGAAGAAGAUGUCCUUCCAGAAAAUACUCUUGAAAUAGAAAAAAAUCUUCAUGCCUCAGCAUUAAAAAAUCAUUUAGAUGAUGUCAGUGUUAAGAAGAUUCUAAAGAAAGUGGUAACUAAUGAUCAUGUUCUGGCUUUCGUCAAACUUCGUGAAGAGGAAGAAAAUGUUGCAUGCCAGGAGAAUAUGCAACCAAAACUUACAAGGGCAAAAGCCAAGGAGUUAAUGAAAGCAUCACCCAAAUCUGCACCAUGGAAUUUAGAGCUGAUUCCAAUUAACCAUAUACCAUUUAAGACAAGACCUGAAGUGAAGGCAUUGAUAGCUCAGGAGCUACCUGAAGAUGAAGAUGAUGAAGAUUACCAGCCGACUCAUGAUGAUUUAGCAAGUGACGAUGACCACACCGCAUGCAGUGAUAUAGAUUCACAGCCUGCCACACCAGCAACGCCUAAAAGUCAAACAAAGUCCAGUCCCAAAGUUGUAAAAGAUGGGCCAUUCAAAGUUCCUCAGGAGACAGUAUCCCACGCUCGACGGCAGCUGGAUUUAGAAGAGGAAGCCACAAUCGCCCUCCGAACCCGUUCAAAACUUAGCCUCUCCGAAACGCCAAUAGAGCAUAUAGAAAGUUCCUUCAUACCACCCGAUGAUAUUCCCCUUCAAGAUGUUGAUGAUCUAUGGAACGAUUUCUUGAAAGACUGCCUCAAUCCAGGCCCAAAUACGAGACACGAAGACGAUGAUGAGGCGGACCCAGAAUAUAAUGUUGCUGCUGAUCCUGAUGCUGUUGAGGAAGAUGAAGAAUCUCUUGAAAAUAGCUUAAUAAAGAUAUCUAAAAAGGAACUAAAUGAUCUGGUCACAGAAUUGUUUAAUGUGAUGCCAGAAUCGCAAGUGACACAAGAUCUGACCGAUGCUACAAUUGUAAAUGGAACUCAGCCAAAUAUACCGUGGGAAGGAAAACAAGAACCGACUUCAGAUGACGAGGAAUCGUACCGAUCCUCUACGGGACUCGUUUUCGAAAAGCACGAUUCGGUCAGACUAUCAAUUGGCAAAAGUGAACCCCAAGACCCAGAUCAACAGACUAGUUGCUCAAAUGACAAAAACACUGUUACAGAACCAGCUCCGGUAAUUGUGAUAGAAGAAAUUGUGCUUGAAAACUCAGACGCACUAGAACCUCCCCCCGCGCUCCGAAGUGCACUAAAUGCGCCAGCCGAUACGAUAAAAGUGGAGGUCGACAGUAAUGUGAUAACGGAAACCCAGUUGCUGAUACUGCAACAACAGCUUCGGAUGCACAUUCAAAUAUGUGCGUCCAACUUCCUGCAGCUUUUCGUUCACCCCGUGCAUUGGAGUUUCGCACCGAAAUACAAGGAAUAUUUGGAAACUUUCAACAGUAUGGUUGGAAGUAAAGAGAAAUCCGUAGUGAAUGUUUGCAAUUUGAAACCAGCGCUGGAACUCGUUACGGCCUGGGAGAACACCGUUUCCCAGGAGACGCCGGAAAAUAAGAAAAUGGUUGAAUUCAUUCAAGGCGAAAUGGAUAAAUGCCGUCAGAAGAGCAAUACUAACAACGUAUAUGUAGCUGACUUCCCUGAGGAGGUGAAGAAGGUUAUUGCGAACAGUCCAGUCUUCCUCUAUCCUCAUCUUCUACCCGCGAUGGCUUACCGCUCUGAGACCAGGAAGCGUAACAAAUACCUACUAUCCGAAGACCAACUAAUAAUUCUAGGCUUAGAUCAAUGGUGGUCAUACGUGGAAGCGAACCCGGACCUCUUUCCGAUGGGCCCGAUCAUCAAUCCGCGGCACCGUUGGGGUCUCACCAUCACACUCGAUCUCAUCUGCAAAUAUAUGCUGCCCUGGCUCUCGCCGAGGACUUUGGCCUUUCACAUAGCCACUGUUAGAAGACAGAAAAGAAAAGACCACCCUAUCAUCAAAUACUUCAAAUCUCGUCACAUUGAACCCCUGACGCAUAGACUGAUACCGUUCAACCCUAAACUGACGUUGUACGAGCACCCCGAGUCUGAGAUGCCCAGGAUCUGGCUGCGGUACCUCGCUAAAAGCAGCAAGCGGUUCCGGACGUUCAUGAGCAAGAAACGUCAACCAGAGUGCACGCCUCGCGGCAUAGAAGUGGUGCCAGGCGAGAGUAUCAAGGAGAGAGUCACAGAGAAAGCUCCCCUACCCAUUACUUUCUCUGAAGUUUACAAGUGCAAUCGGAUCGACUGUCAUUCACCAAAACCAUCACCCACAGACAAACUUGACAUUGACAUUGAAAAGCAGAGCACAGAUAACAUAGUUCUACAAAUACAGACCGAAGGCACAGACCUCGAAACUGAUGAUAUGGAAAUAGAAAGAGAAAGUCCAGUAAUUGAGACGCCAAUAGACGCAAAUAAUACAGAUUCCCACUGCGCCUGCUGCGAUCUGUUGAGAAAUAUAUGUAAACACAGACAAACACGUAUAACAGAGUAUAUAAAAAAAUUUAACGCGAAAAUGAUGUGUCCAUGCCGCAGUAUCAAACAUCCAAAAGUCACUAAUAAGCUUAAACUGCUACUCACCUACUAUAAGAGUAGGUCUCAUAAUAUUUUUGCUGAUUUGAAAAGUAAAUUAGAUUCGCUGAAAGCAGUAAAGGAUGUUAAGAGGGUAGUAGAUUUGCGUAAAGAAAUUGAAGACAGAGACAACGAAGCAAAAGAUUUGGCGUUUGUAUCGUCGUUUCAAACGAGGCUAACAAUCCGCGAAAAUAAAGCUCGGAACCAACACAUUAAGAAGCGAAUUUUUAGCGCCUUAUCCCACUUCAAGCCAGAUGACGAAGACCCGCUGCAACUGAUGCAGGAGCUGUACAAAGCCUGUGACGUGGAUCUUGCGGAUAUGUACACAGAGUUCGUAGCCUUUCUAAAUCCAGAACAGGCGGACAAAAUCGAUAUGUUUCGUGAAUAUUUUAUACAGAACUGUAUGGAGGAUCUCGUUCGGAAGACUGAGGAAUUAGUAUCAGACACAGAGAAGAAAUCAGCAAUACUAAAAUAUCUGUUGUCGAUAUUUCGUAAUAAUCCAGAGGCAUGUGUUCUGUGUUCGGAGUUGCUGUACAGAAUGCGCGACUACCCUCAGUUAGCUAGAUAUUGUUUCUCCUUGUUCCCGCAUCGACGGAAAGGGUACAAUAAGGGACAUAAAAGUAUAAGGAAUCAAAUGACUCAUCCACAUGAUAUCAAAAUAAAUUCUGCAACAGAAAAAUAUGAUGACAAUAGCAAAUUAGUAAAGCAACCAUUUGUAAAAAUAUCUACACUUACUUUACCUGACCAAUCUGAAAACCCGAUUAAUGAAGAGAUCAACAAAAAUUUACCAGUGCCACCGUCCACUAUAAAAAUUACGACUCAAGAGGGCUUAAGUGAAGCUCACCAAGGGAAUAACAAUGAUUUGAUACCACAAAACCCUAAGACAACCAUACUAAUUUUAAACAAUGUUCCUUAUAUUGUUAACCCUAACACUGUAUUGCCGAGAAAUGAUGAUGUUAGACAAGAACAUAUAAUAGAAUCAAAUGUAACACAUAAUGUAAAUCUAAAUUUGCAAAAUAAUGUUACCAAAACAAAUCAUAUUAUAAUAAAAGAAGGAAAUAUAAUUGGAAGUGGUUCGGUAGAACUAACUUAUAUCAAUAGUGAAGGUGAGCAAGAGCCAAACCUGCCAGUUGAAUCACCAUUAAUCGUUAUUAAGCCACAAAAACCUUUACCAAAUGAUGUUAAUCAGAAAAAUGGAACUAAUUUAAGUAACAAUGGAUCAGGGCAAGCGCAAAAUUUAAUUAUCAAAGAAAUUGACAUUGUAACGCCUAAUAUUAUAGACACAGACAUAGAUAAUGAAAAUUAUACUCAACAGAAGGGUGUUAUUAUUUCUGAUGCGAACAGAGUACAAGAAACGGAAAAACUCAAACAGGAAAUCAAAUCUGAAGAUGAUGAUGUAGAUGUCGAACAAGAAGGAAAGUUGACCAUAUGUGAAGAUACAAGUCGAGCUGCGAUUACUUCUAGCGACGAUGAAACUAAAUACAUUGGGCCAGAUACGAAUAUCGCAUCGAACAAGAGUGAAGAUUUGAAGAUAAAGUUAUUGGAAGAGAAAGUCAAUGCAUCGAUUACCAAUAUAGUAAUUACCGAGGAAUUACAAACCAAGAAUGAGAUCGAAGAUAUGGAUCAAGAUCUGCUUGAUUCCAGCGCUGAAGAAUACGAGUGUGAGGUCGAAUGGAAGAGGGAAGAAGACAAAAUAAUACUUGAAAUUCUUCAACAACAUCUCACUCCACAAGAGAGAAAAGGCAAAUCAGUAAUAGAUUUCAUUGAAGAGAAGAACAUUCCGCAAACGAUCGCGGAUUUCCUAGAAGAUAGAUCUUUGCACGAUGUCAGAGAUAGAGUUUAUUAUCUGUUACGAAUUCUUGUUCUGAAUGAAUUGAAUUAA